AUGCAUCCAGAUCUGGACCUGCCAGAAGGGUUCAAAAUACCAAAAUUUGAGAUGUUCAAUGGGGCAGGGAAUCCCAAAGCACACCUCCGGUCCUACUUCAACCAAUUGGUUAGAGUAAAGAAAAAUGAACCUCUAAUCAUGCGACUAUUUAGUCGUAGUCUAAUCGGAGAAGCCGCUGAAUGGUUCGCAACUCAAGAUAUGCGUCAAUGGCACACCUGGGAAGACAUGGAAAAAUCCUUCAUGGAAAGAUUUUACUUUAAUGUUGAAACAGUACCAGACCGCUAUUUUCUUGAAAAGGUCAAGCAGAAAUCAACUGAAAACUACAGGGAGUUUUCCAGCAGGGGGAGGCCCGAGGCAGCCCGCGUGCAGCCACUAAUGUGUGAAGGAGAGCUAGUCUCUGUGUUCAUCAGGUCCCAGGAGCCUGAUUUCUACGACAGAAUGGUGUCCAUAGCUGGAAGACCGUUUGCUGAGUUGGUCAAAAUAGGAGAAGCUGUAGAAGAUGGUCUCAAAUCCGAGAAAAUAGUUAGUGUCUUCAACAAGGCAUCUGGAUAA